GCCUCGCAAAACGAAAUUACCCCCCUUUGCUCCCGGACAAAUUGCAGAAACACCCUCUACAUUUUGUCGCGGCGGCGACGGCGAGGGCGAUAACGCAGAUCUCCUCUCGUCCUAAGGCUCCGGCGAUCUCUCUGGCUGUGUGAGCGGGAGAGAUGGAGCUGUGGAGCAAGCUGAGGAGCCUCGACGCCUACCCUAAGGUGAACGAGGACUUCUACAGCCGCACCCUCUCCGGCGGACUCAUCACCAUCGUCUCCUCCCUCGCUAUCCUCCUGCUCUUCUUCUCAGAGAUCCGAUUGUAUCUAUAUGCUGCUACAGAGAGUAAGCUCACAGUUGAUACCUCAAGAGGGGAAAGGUUACAUAUCAAUUUUGAUGUUACAUUCCCUGCUCUUCCCUGUUCUCUUGUUGCUAUUGAUACUAUGGAUGUUAGUGGAGAGCAACAUUAUGAUAUAAGACAUGACAUAAUGAAGAAAAGAAUUGAUCAUCUUGGUAAUGUAAUUGAAUCGAGAAAAGAUGGAGUUGGUUCCCCUAAGAUUGAAAGACCAUUGCAGAAUCAUGGUGGAAGGCUUGACCACAAUGAGGUUUACUGUGGGUCUUGUUAUGGUUCCGAAGAGUCAGAUGACCAGUGUUGUAACUCCUGUGAAGAAGUUCGUGAUUCCUAUCGGAAGAAAGGUUGGGCACUCACUAACGUAGAAUCAAUUGAUCAGUGCAAGAGAGAGGGCUUCGUUCAAAGGUUAAAAGAUGAACAAGGCGAAGGUUGCAACAUUCAUGGGUUUGUAGAUGUCAAUAAAGUUGCUGGAAAUUUUCACUUUGCCCCAGGAAAAAGCUUGGACCAUGCAUUCAACUUCCUUCAAGAUAUGUUGAACUUCCAGCCAGAAAAUUACAAUAUAAGCCACAAGAUAAACAAACUGUCCUUUGGGAAAGAGUUUCCUGGUGUUGUCAAUCCUCUUGAUGGUGUAGAGUGGAAACAGGAGCAGACAACUGGAUUAACAGGGAUGUACCAGUAUUUUGUGAAGGUUGUUCCUACUAUCUAUACAGAUAUUAGGGGGCGAAAGAUUCACUCAAAUCAGUUUUCUGUGACGGAGCACUUUAGAGAAGCAAUUGGCCUUCCAAGGCCUCCGCCUGGUGUAUAUUUCUUCUAUGAAUUUUCACCGAUUCAGGUUGAUUUUACUGAAGAAAACACAUCGCUUCUUCACUUCCUGACAAACAUAUGUGCUAUUGUUGGAGGCAUAUUCACUGUGGCUGGCAUCAUAGAUUCUUUUGUGUACCAUGGCCAUCGUGCGAUCAAGAAGAAGAUGGAGAUCGGGAAGCUCGGGUAAAUCCAACUUGAGCAGCAUGUAGGCAGCCAGUAGGACGGUAGCCAGAAACUGAGUUGCCCUGGAAAGGCGAGCAGAGAGCUCAGGAGGAAUUUUGGUCAAUAUUAUAUUAUUGUAAUACAGUUCCUACUUGCUCGACUUUUGCUAAUUAUUUGAUCCCAGAACAUAGAGGUUUCUUGUUUCUCGUGUAAGCAAUCGGAUCGCAGUGUUUGUCUUAUAGGUCAAAGUCUUGUGUAACAACAUUCUACAUACUCAAAACCCUCAACUCGAACGUUGCUGAAAACUCCA